AUGGAGAACCUCAACCUCCAUGAUGCUGGAUCGCCAGGCCCACCGCCGCCGCCGGUGCCUCAACUGCCUCCACAAAUGUUCACGACCGCCGCCCAACUGCUAGAUCUAACCGAUAAGAAACUAGCGGUGGCUUUGCGCGACGGCAAGAAGUUGAUCGGUGUCUUGAGGAGCUGGGACCAAUUCGGAAACCUUGUCCUUCAAGAUACCAUCGAGCGACUGUUUUGCCAAAAUCUCUACUGUGAUAUUGAGCGAGGCAUGUUCCUCGUCCGCGGCGAGAAUGUUCUACUUCUUGGAGAAAUCGACCUCGACAAAGACGACUACGUUCCCGACGUAUUCGAGCUCGCACCGGUGGAGAAGGUCUAUGGCUUGAAGAAGCAAGAAGAGCAAAGCAGGAAGACGACCGACAAGUCCAAGCAAAAGAAGCUGGCAGAGUUGGGCUUUGAAGGAGAACAUAGCGGGGAGGUCAUAUUUUGA